UGAUUGAUUAAAAAUAAUUUAAUUUGAACAAAAAGAAAAAAAUGGCCGAUUCUCUGAUUCUGGGAAAUUUGAAUAUUGGACCAAUAAAAUCUAAAAGUCCAGUAUUGCCAAGAAUAAAUAAUAAACUGGCUAAAUCGUUCGAUAAAUCAAAUUCUGUGGCAAAUAAACCAUCACAUCAUUCUCAAGUUGAUAAUCAAAAACAUGGACAAGCAAAAAAUUCAUUUCCCAGUUUUAAAAGUUCAAAAUUAUUUGAUGAUUCAACCACAAAUAUACCUGAAUUGUCAAUGAUUUCAAAAACUGUUAAAUAUGAAGAAGUAUUUUCAAAAUCAAAUUUUUCCGAUUUUAAUAUCGACAAAAUGCUCAUUGCCUGUCUACAUCAACGAUUCAAUUUAACCAUAGCGACAAAAGUGCAAUCAUUAUCGAUACCACCGUUAUUGAAUGGUGAUGAUGCACUUAUCAAAUCAGUUACAGGAUCUGGUAAGACACUUGCCUAUUCAAUACCAUUAGUUCAUUCAUUGCAAUCGAUUCAGCCAAAGAUAACAAGAUCGGAUGGUCUUUUCGCCUUGAUCAUAUUACCUACACGUGAAUUAGCCAUACAAACCUAUGAUUGUAUUGAUCGUUUAUUGAAUCCAUAUCGACGAAUAGUUGUGGGCAUAUUGAUUGGUGGUGAGAAAAAGAAAUCGGAAAAAGCACGUAUUCGAAAAGGUCUGAACAUUUUGGUUACCACUCCUGGCCGUUUAUUAGAUCAUAUAAAUCGUACGAAAAAUUUGAAUAUUGAAAAAUUGAAAUGGCUCAUUAUUGAUGAAGCUGAUCGACUUUAUGAACAAGGAUUUUCAGCCAUUAUUACACAGAUUCUUGAAUGUAUUCGAAAUUCUUGUACGAAUCAAAUACAAACCGUACUAUUAUCGGCAACUUUAUCCGAAGGUGUUAAAGAAUUGGCUGGCCUUAGUUUGAAAAAUUCACAAUUAAUUGAUGUCGGUGAUGAUGAACAUCAUUUGAAAGAAAUUACAUUACCAAGUUCAUUAACAAAUAGUUUUAUGGUGGUUCCAACGAAAUUACGUUUGGUAACUUUAGCUUGUAUUAUAAUGGAUUCGUUGAGAAAAAAUGGUGAUAAAUCGAAAAUAAUAAUCUUUACAUCAUGUCAAGAUGUUGUCGAUUUUUAUUCAACAUUAUUAACGGAAAUAUUCAAUCAAUAUUUAGAACAAAAUGUUCGAAUAUUUAAACUUCACGGUAAUAUGGAUCAGAAUAGCCGUACAGAGGUGUUCAAACAAUUUCAUUCGACCACUCGUGGUAUCUUAUUCUGUACUGAUGUUGCAUCUCGUGGUCUUGACCUGCCAAACGUUGAUCUUAUUAUUCAGAUGAGUUCACCUGCAUUGGUUGAAGAUUUUGUUCAUCGUGUUGGCCGAACAGCUCGUUUAGGUAAACCAGGACAUUCGAUUCUAUUGUUACUGCCAAGUGAAAUUAAAUUCAUCGAAUAUAUUCAGGAACAACUUUCAAUCAAUUUUGAAUCGUUAAAAAUGGAAAACUAUUUCAAAUCGAUUGAUUUUCUGAAAUUAGAGAAUCCAAAUGAAAAUCUUCAUACCGAACAAGAACGACUAGCCAAUCUUCAGCAUUUAUUCGAAAAAUUGGUCUGGAAAGAAACCAAAGUCAAUCAAUUGGCUUGUAAAGCUUAUCUUUCCUAUAUUCGAGCAUACGCAUCAUAUCCACGACAAUUAUCAUCAUAUCUACCAUUCAGACAAUUACAUUUUGGACAUUUAGCUAAAAGUUUUGCUCUACUUGAACCACCAAGCGAAUUGGCAUCAAAAUUACGAAUGAAUAGAACAAUGAAAAAAACUAUUGUCGAUAUUGGUUCAAUGAAACGUAAAGCAAUACCAUUAGAGGAAAGAAUAUCUGAAUUUAGUGGUGGAUUCGAAACAAUGGAAACGUUUGGAAAAAAGAAACGUAAAGUGAAAGACAAAAAUCGAAUGUAAUAUAAUAUUCAUAUUCGUUUUAUUUUAUUUAUUUUUUUUUCUUGUUAUUCAUCGAUUUAAUUUUAUAAAUAUUGAUGAUGAUGAUGAUUGAUGAUUGAGCUAUAUUAAAUAACGGCCUGAGUUUUUUUUUUUGUUUAUAAAAAAAUAAAAUGUUGACGUUUUUU